AAACAAAGGUAAUGAUUUUCGUAAUAUGGUUGAUAUUAAUAUAGUCAAGUUCAAUUUUCGUAAAUAACAAGGUCGGUCUUAGUUCAUAUGAAGGGCCUGUUUCCAAAUGUAGACCCAAUAACAAUAACAAUGUAAUAAUAGAAAAGAAAAUGGAGAGAGAAUGGCAGCCAGAGCGCGGCAAACUAAAAGCUUUUUGAAAUUGUGAAAAUGGCGGCAUUAGCAUCAUCAAUUCAAUCCCUCUCUUAUUGUCCCACAGGAUCAAAAUUGAAAAUUUCUGCAUUUUCCUUUGCACCCAAAACCAUUAUAAAAUCAUUUCGUUCAUUAUUCAGAGACUUAGGCGCAUAACAAGCAUCACCUGUAUCUGCUAAAACCCUAAUCUAAUCCUUCGGGUUUUUAAUGGCCAGCAAAGAAAAUCAAGUGCCCAGGGCAAACAGGGCGCCCCGGAAACGACCCAGUGAGUGCGCGGAAGGGAUUCCAGUGGUAAAGAAGCGGGUGGUGCUUGGGGCGGUCACCAACACCUCGUCAAAUGCUUCCGGCUUGUCUCAAUUAUCGGUUAUUGGCAAAACCCAGAAACUCAAACCCAAACCCAAACCCGUUUCGAAGAAGACAGGAAGUGAAGUGAACCUCGAGUUGUUGGUUAGCCCGGGAUCUGAUGAGCCGCAAAAACUUGGAUAUGCUUCUUUAUUAUAUCGGCAUCUACACUCUUUGGAGGUCGAGGCAAAAAGGAGGCCUUUGUCUAAUUACAUGGAAAAGGUUCAGAAGGACAUAAGCCCAGUUAUGCGAGCGAUUCUGGUUGAUUGGUUGGUAGAGGUUGCAGAAGAAUACAAGCUUAUUUCAGACACCCUUUACCUCACUGUAAACUAUAUCGACAGAUACCUGUCUACUCAUAACUUGAUCAGGAAUAAGCUUCAGCUUCUUGGGGUAUCGUGCAUGCUUGUAGCAUCUAAAUAUGAAGAGAUUACUCCUCCACAUGUUGAAGAUUUUUGUUACAUAACAGACAACACAUACACAAAAGAAGAGGUUCUGCAUAUGGAGAGAGAUGUCCUCAGGUUUUUAGAUUUUGAGCUGGGUAAUCCAACCACUAAAACCUUUCUCAGAAUUUUUUCUAGGGCUGCUCAAGAAAAACCCAUGUUCUCAAAUCUCCAAUUCGACUUUUUGUGCCAUUAUCUUUCUGAGCUAAGUUUAUUGGAUUAUGGUUGUGUCCGCUAUAUUCCAUCAACGGUUGCUGCUUCAGCCAUCUUUCUUGCAAGAUUGACUAUCCAGCCAAAACUUCAUCCAUGGACCCAGGCAGUGCAACAGCAUACAGGUUAUAGACCAUACGAAUUAAAAGAAUGCAUCCUUAGACUUCACAAUCUGCAGCUCAAAAGUGAAACAUCUUCACGAGCAAUUCACCAGAAAUAUAUGGAUCACAAGUUCAAAUGUGUUGCUUCCCUGAUUCCACCCUUAGAAAUUCCAGCUUGCUUUUUUGAGAUUCCAAAUCAAUUAACUUCCACAAUCUGCUGAAGAAAUCAACUAGUCAUGUCUUUGAAGGACAACUGAACUGACAAACUCCCGCAUUACUGUCUGUAUCGUCUCUUGAACUUGUGAAGGCAUCAUAUCUGAAGGCUGAAGAAACUAGUCCAGUAAUCCUGGAGUUGGAGUUAUAUUCCUUUGCUGUGCUGGAAUUCCAUCAUGGCUUGAUUUUGGAAGCUGGGGAACCUGAGUAAAAGUAGAACCUACUUAAAUGAGUUGUAAUGUAUAUCCUUUUCUUGAAAUGAAUAGCAUCAGAAUCCUGAAUGCCUCUGUUUCUUGUUCCUUUAGCUAUCGACAUAGUAACCUAUAAGA